AUGAAUCGCGCACUUGAGGCGAUUUUCCCAGCCUUUUCCAGCCACGGGGCUGGUCGCACCUAUUUCUCGUACCCAGAAGGCUCGCUGACGUCGAAUUACGUCUUCCGCGUCGUGUACAACGGCUCGGAGCCUAUUGAAGACGGACGUGUGAUCCUUUUCUUUGCCCCUAGACCUUCCCCCGAGCCGCGCUUCAGGGCGUUUAAUCUGGAAUUCCCACGGCCGCUGUUCGCUAAGGACGUCGAAAAUGUGCAGCCUGGGGACUCAAUUGUGUUCGAGAGCAUCGAGUUCUCGACGCCUGAAGCGUUGGGGUUCGUGCCUCAGGACAUGAAUGUCUUUUCGGAUAAGCUGUUCGUCCAAGCUCUGAUUCAACAUGACGUGAAUGACCCAGAUGCUAAUUCGUGCGUGGGAAACACAUACAGCAAACCGGUGGAAGUGCGCUUUGGUGAUGAUAAGGCUGAGAAUGCCACCAAGCUCGUGGUAGACCAGGUCGUUGUCGAGACGAUGGACUUGACGCCAACCGAGUGGGUAGAGCACGUCUCGAUGAAAAGCGAUCUCCUGAGCAAAUACCACAACCAAGACGUAUACAUGAUGGCUUCCAUUGUGUUUCCAAAGGACUACAAGACGCUGAAAGCAACACGUCAGUUUCCUACAGUGUACUACAUCGAAGGGUACGGUGGGACGGAAUCAUACGCGAAACGCGCCAAGGACUUUCUGUCGUCCGAAAUGGGGCAGGACUGGCAAGCUGGACGUUGGCCGACACCCAUGCUUCGCAUCACACUCGGCUCGCGCUUCAAGUUUGGCCACACUUCAUUUGCUGACACGGAGACCAAUGGUCCGUGGGGAACAGCUCUGGUGAAGGAAUUCAUUCCAUACAUCGAGAGUCUGUACCCCGCGGUUCCGUCUGCGUCCGGUCGUUUUCUGCAUGGCCACUCGUCUGGUGCUUGGGCGACAUUGUGGUUGCAACUGCAAUUCCCCGAAUUCUUUGGUGGUACAUGGAGUUCGGCCCCGGAUCCAGUCGACUUUUCGCAUUUUCAAGUCGUGAACAUUUACGAAGCACGGAAUGUUUACUGGGACGUCAGUGGCCAUCCAUACCCAACCACCCGCAAGAACGGAGUCGUCGUGGCCAGUAUCCGGGACGAAAAUCUGGUGGAGCGCGUCCGCAGCCGUGGCAACGGCGGUCAGUGGGAUACCUUCGCUGCACUCUUUGGUCCACGAGGAGCUGAUGGCAUGCCAGUCCCUCUGUAUGACAAGGUGUCUGGUGACAUCAACCACGACGUAGCUACGCACUGGCAGCGGUUCGACGCGUGCAAGUUCCUUCAGAAGAGCCCCGACUUGUUACUGACGAAACUUCGUGGAAAAGUCCACGUGAUCUGCGGCGUUGAGGACACGUACUACCUUGAUACUGCUUGUCGGUCGUUGCAGAAGCUCGUGGGGGACGCGACAAGCAAUGCGCAGGACGGCUCCGCUGUCCCAAGUUACGUCGCAAUGGUGCCUGGGGACCACACGGGCAUCCGCUCUCGAGCACACUACAAACAGGUGCACUCGGAGAUUGCUGCUGUGUACGAACAGAGCAACAAGGCAUAA